GGCGUGAAACGGAGGAUGGGGGUGGCGACGCUAGCGACGGGCGCUCGGCUGGGGCGCCGGCUGAGCGCUCUGGGGCCGGGCCGCGGACACUGGACAGCGGCCGGGCGCUCGCGGAGCCGGCGCGAGGCGGCGGAGGCCGAGGCGGAUGCGCCCGUGUUCCAGUACGUGGGCGAGCGUGCGACUCGCGCCGACCGCAUCUUCGUGUGGGGCUUCAGCUUCUCCGGGGCGCUGGGCGUGCCCACCUUCGUGCUGCCCGGCUCUGGACCCCAGCCCCGCGCCGGGUCGCGGCCGCGCCGCAGAAUCCAGGCCGUGCCCUACCGCCUGGAGCUGGACCAAAAGAUUUCAUCUGCUGCCUGUGGAUAUGGAUUCACGUUGCUGUCCUCUAAAACCAAGGACAUUACGAAAGUUUGGGGUAUGGGGCUCAACAAAGAUUCCCAGCUCGGAUUUCACAGGAGCCAGAAAGACAAAAGCCGUGUGACGUGUGUGCACCUGGUGGUUCUUGUUUCAGAGAGGGGAUAUGAGUACGUGUUGGAGCCUUCGCCCGUGCCGCUGCCGCUGGACAGGCCCCAGGAGACGCGGGUGCUGCAGGUCUCCUGUGGCAGAGCCCACUCGCUCGUCCUGACGGAUGGUGAAGGAGUCUUCAGCAUGGGGAACAAUUCUUACGGGCAGUGUGGAAGAAAGGUGGUCGAGAAUGAAAUUUAUAGUGAAAGUCACACAGUUCAUAGGAUGCAGGACUUCGAUGGACAGGUGGUCCAGGUCGCCUGUGGUCAGGACCACAGUCUGUUCCUGACGGAUCGAGGAGAAGUGUAUUCUUGUGGAUGGGGUGCAGACGGGCAGACAGGCCUGGGUCACUACAAUAUCACCAGCACGCCCACCAAGCUGGGCGGAGACCUGGCCGGAGUGAACGUUGUCCAGGUGGCCACCUACGGGGACUGCUGCCUGGCCGUGUCAGCCGAUGGCGGCCUCUUUGGCUGGGGCAACUCUGAGUACCUGCAGCUGGCCUCUGUCACCGACUCCACACAGGUGAACAUCCCCCGGUGCUUGCCCUUCUCAGGAGUGGGGCUGGUGAAGCAGGCUGCGUGUGGGGGCACAGGCUGUGCGGUAUUAAAUGGAGAAGGACAUGUUUUCGUCUGGGGCUAUGGAAUUCUUGGGAAGGGACCAAACCUCUUGGAAACCGCUCUUCCAGAAAUGAUUCCACCCACUCUCUUUGGCCUGACGGAGUUCAACCCGGGCGUCCAGGUUUCCCGCAUUCGCUGCGGACUCAGCCACUUUGCCGCCCUGACCAACCGAGGAGAGCUGUUUGUGUGGGGCAAGAACAUCCGAGGGUGCCUGGGAAUCGGUCGCCUGGAGGACCAGUACUUCCCCUGGAGGGUGACUAUGCCUGGGGAGCCUGUGGACGUGGCGUGUGGUGUGGAUCACAUGGUGACUCUGGCCAGGUCCUUCAUCUGAACUGCCUUCUCGAUCUGCUGGAGCCCGGCCCUGGCCUCAGGACCACCUGGCCUGCUCAGCCAGGGCGACUGCGGGGCUCUGGAUGGGGCCCGAGAGGGUCAGGGCCCUCCGUGCGCUGGGCCGCGCUUCCCGCAGCCUGGAGCGGGGUGCCUGGAAGUGUUGGAGGCAGUCCCCCUCCUGCCCAGGAUGAGGUGCUUGGCACAGACUCUGCCUCUGGGCUGAGUGGCCCUGGCAGGGCGAGGAGGAUCUGCUUCAUCUCGGCUCCUUCCCGAGGACACACGGUGGCAUCCGCUGUCAAGUCUGGUCUUCAGAGAGCUUAUCCGCUCAGCCGUCUCUGCGCGCUCUGGGAUACCCGCUGACGGCCCUGCUCGGGGUCCUCCCUGGAAAUGCCCGUGGGCACCAGCCUGCAACCCUGUGGGCCUGCAGCAGUCACCUACCUUCUAACACUUCUUCCUGCCUGGCUCAGAAGACUUGAGAGGCCCCUUGGGAAGAUGAGCAAGGCCAGAUUUCUACGGGCCAAGGGCUUUGAACACAGUCCGCCAAAGCUUGGCUGGAGUGCUCGCCUUGGAGAAGGAAAACUCAGACGGUGAAAAACAUUUGCGUUAGUAACAUAACAUGUCCUUUUCUUUAACACUCUUUUAAAAGUCUUUUUCGGAAUAAAGUCUAUUUUCUGCCUUUUCA